CUCCACAGCAGUGUGCCCUCAUGUGCCUUGUCCACACUGGUUCCCUGCAAACACCCAGAGACACCUGGAGACUGCUGGCAGAAGGACUGGUCAGGAACCGUGUCACCUAUCAAGAUGUUGGCACAGCGGUUACUCCCAAGGGAACACACUGCACCUCGACCUGCAUGACCCCUGUCAGCCAGGCCGAGAAGGAAGUCAAUACAUCAGGGUCGGAGGGUGUCGGCAGUGAAGUGACAGACAGUGCGGUGCUCACAGACUCUCUACUCUGGAACUUUUCGCGAGAGGCUCUGGAGUCGGUUCCCCGGGAAGAUUUGGAGCGUCGAUUGGAAACAGCCUUGCUCAUCAAUGAGGUUCUGUCCAGCCAGCUGAAUGACCUGUCGAAGAGUAAGGGUUUGGGCCUACGGGUUGGGCCAGCAGAUCAGAGGGAGACGUUCACCCAGACUGACAGUUCCCAGACCCCUGAGGUAGAGGACCAUUAUUGCAGCUUGUACCUACAGCAUGCCAGCAGAGCGCGAGAGUUAGAGCUCAGCUUGGAACAUUACCAGCAGCUCCAAAGUGCGAUCUGUAACAGCCGCAAGCAGCAAAAUUUGCUGGUUGAAGAGGUUGAGGAAUGUCUGGCUGAUGUAGAUGGAGCUUAUGAAGAAAUGAAGAACGAGCGAGUCCGAAUGCAUGAGCAAUUGAAAGAUGCCAGGGAUCUCGCCCACCAGAGUACCAUCCAGCUCCAAACCAUGACCCAAACAACGGUGAGGGCCCUGGAAGAGCAAGCAGCACUGAGGAAUAGGGCAGACGAGGCUGAGUGGAAGACAGCAAAUAUGCAACAGGAGCUGGAGCAAACUGCCUAUGAACUCCGUGAUGCGCUGGACAAAGUUAAACGGUUGAACUGUGAGAACCUGCAGCUGAAGUCUGGGCUGGAAACCAUGACUGAUCAGCUAGCCAAGGUGGAGGAUGAACGUGACAAGCUGAUGAAGGAGAACAGCAGAUACUUUGUGGAGGUGGCCACAAUAGAAGCCUCGCUGAAACUAUCUGAGGCAGCACUAGCCGAGAGGACAGAGAAGUUGCAGACUUGUGAAGCACAGAAUAAGGCGCUGGAAAACACGCUAAGGGAGAAUGUGAAAAGUCUGGAGGAGGCUUUGGAUAAACUGAAACAUGAGAAGGAAGGAAUGGUGUUGUCUCAGGCUGAGGUCACCCGCCUAACCAAGGCACUGACACUUAAGGAUGUGGAGCUACAAGAACUCUUCGACACCCGGGCUGAGGCUGCAUUGAUCUCAGACUACAAUAAGUUUAUGGAGCAGGAGCUGAAGGUGACCCGUGAUCACCUGAUGGAGAUGGAGGGGCAGCUCGGUGAACAGGUCCACGUCCUGCAUGAUCGCAACCUGGAAUGUGAGCAGCUGCGGGCUCAGUGUGACCAGUGCCAAAGAAAUCUGGAUACGGUUAAGAAGGAUGCACGAGAGAUGUUGCUGGAGAUGGGACAGCAGAUGAACCAGGCCACAGUAGAGAUCUCGGCUCUGCAAGUUCAAGCACAAGACGUCAUUAAAUCAACUGGAACAACUAUAAAGAACUGGCAGCAGAAUCGUCUGGUGGCUGUUGCUAAGACUGACCAACUGCCCUCUGUAUCCCAAAAAGAGGAAGAGGCAAAGGAAACACAGGAUAUCACCCAAUCCAGCAAAGAGCAUCAGGAAGGGACUCUGUGUGACAUCAGGAGUGACCAUAGCGCCUUUGUUCCCAUUGGGCCAACAAUGCCAAAUCCACCAGAGCGUAAUGAAGAAGCUUCUCUUGACAUUGGAAGUUGUCAUGGUGCUUUUACGAGAAUUGAGCCCAUAACUCCUAAGAAAACGGAAGUUGAAGAUACCCUUUUGCGGAAUGUGGCUGAGCUGCGAGUGGCCUUCCAGAAGCUCCUUGAGACAACGCAGCUGCAGGUAAAAGACCUGCAGCAGGAAAUUACUAAACUGCGGGAGCAGCGGAGAGCUGUGUUCAGCAAGAACUGGUCAGAAGUGAGCAGCCUACAGAGCAAGGUUUUAGUCCUGGAAACUGAGAACAGAAGGCUAAACCGAGAACUUCAAGCACAAGAUAAGACUAGCUCAGAGCUGAAGAAAGCUGUAAGUCUUCAGGAUGAAACAAUCCUUGAGUUCAAUAAACAGAUGGAGACUAAUUUGAAGGAACACACUGAGUUUCUGGCCAUGAAGGAAGAAGUCACUGGUUUAAAACGGCAGCUCCAGCGCUCUGAGAUUGAGGCCCACACCUGCCGUGAGGAGUUGACCAAACUACAGACUUCAGAUGGUGCAUGGGAUAUGAAUUGGCUUGAAGACAAAGUAGAACUUCAAUGUCAAGUGAAAAAGCUGCGAGAGGCUUAUGUGCAGAAGGAGAAUGACAUCCAGGAACUGAAGGUGAAAAUGUACAAUCAUAAAGCUAUCCUGGAAGAAAAUUAUCAGAAAGCGGAGGCAGAGCUAGCCAAACUCGACGACCUGAUUGAGCAUGUCAGAAUAGUUCUCUUGUCAGUGCCCGACAUUGUUGCGAAUUCCGUAGAGCUGAGGGGUCUCCUGCUCCAUCUUGGAGAAGAUGUGGAAGAGUAGAGCAUGUAUCUUGGCUGCUGCUUCACUCACUGGGAUGCAAGUCAUUGUGUGUUUGUAGGUGGGGGGAAGAGGAACGAACAGUAGUUGUAGGCAGGAAUGAAAUGUGGGGCAAAAUGACAGUGCCACUAUUUUCUGUCUACCCCAGAUAUGAUUGAUUCAGCGACAAAUCAUCCCAUGAAAUUUUAAAACCUUGCUUUUAACCAGGGUUUUCAAUUUCAUUUGAAAAAAAAACUUAAAUGACAGCGAAUCCAUCUGAUACUCUUAUGUCCAUGUCUUGAAACUCGAGUGUCUAUGGGUCUCCACUGUAUGUUGCUGAAAAGAGAGACAUGUUGCCAAAACUUUUCAUCGUGCACUUAUCAGGACAAUCUCAAGAAUACCAAAUUUCAAAUGGUCACAACAAUAGAUUCCAAAGAAGAAAAGGAGUGCUUUGGGGCAGUUGGCAAAGAGGGUUGGAAAGUUGACUCUAGCUGAUUUGCUUUCUCCAUGGCAACCCAUGAGGAACUAUAGGUUUCC